AUGUUUGUGGGUGGUUUACCAAUGGCUGCCAUUCAGGAGGGGCCUGUGGUGCCAAAUGCUUACAACUACGAUCCGAUGGCGGAAAUAAUGAAGUUAGGAACAGAUAGUUUGGUGUUUGUCACAUGUAAGAAGCAUAUAUCAAUACUGCAAGAGAUACGUUUUCAGAAUAUCACACCUCCGAAAGACAAGAAAAUCUAUAAACUUGAGCCUAAACAUCACGAUGAUGAUGCAAGUGGCAAUGGAAAUAGUGCAGAAAAGGAAAAGAAACCAGAGCAUCCCCGACCACCGGUAAUCUCACCGCUAAGCAUCAAUACAAGACGAGUUAGUGAUGGAGGUAUGAUUUGUGAUAUUAUAAUCAGACUGUUCGAGACUUCGGUGUUGCAGCGCCUGCACGACCCAGUCCUAGCUCCAAUCCUCCACCUCGCACCGGGUUUAUGCCACGAUUCCAUGACAUUUCACCGUCUGCUUCGAACUCUGCUAAAUCUCCCAUGACA